UUAGAGUAAUAAGUAGAGCACAACACCUUGGAGGAUUAAAGUGCCCCAUGAUACCAUUUGAUAUCAAGGAGUGUGUUUAGGAUUGACUCGAUGUGAAUCGGCUGCGAUGACUGUUUGAAACACCUACUGAAAUCCUACACUUGACAAAGGCACAUAGAAAAAAAUAGAAGUCAAACAAACUUUGGAGUCAAGAUACUUGCAUGCUGAGGCAAAGUCGAAAUGUCGCUUCUUUUUAUUAAAACCCAAGAUCUAACAUGGCAGGACAGAGCGCUAAACAUCGAGGUCAUGUUGGAACCAAAGAAAACACAGCUUCUAUUCAAGAAAAAUAAAUCGCUUUCUAUGCGAUGCGAAAAGGAUCGAGUACGCUACGAAAAGCAAAAGAGAGCCUCAGUAAGGAACUACAAGACAGAGAAGAGGUAUAUGGAUGAAAGGAACCAGGAGUUAUACCUUAUAAAAACCCAGAGAUUCCUCCAAAGUAUACCUCCUGACAUGAAACAGCAGGUUUUAAGCCGACGUUCGUUUUCCAUUAGUUUGACUAAACUCGCCAAAGACAUCAACGAUGGAGAAGAGAACGCCCGAGCAUCGGCUCCUCCUAACAUGGUCGGCUGUAUGUCUCGGGAUGAAGGAACGAUUUUGCCCGCAAUCACCGUACAAACACCGGAGCCACCAGCUAUACCGGAUCUGCCGAUACAACAGGUCAAAUCUUCCUCGGGAGUUCGUCCUCGCAGGGAUUCUUUCGAUUGGUCGGAGAGUAAUUCUGAUUCUAGAGCAUCUAGCCGGAUUAACACGCCGAUUCCUAGUUACUUGCCUUCCGUACAGCAAUCUUUGCCCAGCGGCAUUAUGAAAACCAGGAAAAAGUCGGCAAACGCACUGUUUUCUGACAAAAAUGUUAAGUUUGCUGAAGAGAAAGUUGUAGAGGAGAGGCCUUUAAAAGAUCAGUAUCAAGAAGAAAAACUAAGAAUUGAAAACCUGAAGCCAAAAGUUCAGAGGAAAGUCAAUUCUUUCCUGUUAGAGCAGAGUAGAUUUAAUAAAAGGGGUCCCAUUUCAAAAACAGAGUUAUCCUUGAAAAGCGUUGAAGAAACGAACGAUAUAUGCGGUAUUUCUAAACGUCGACUUGUCAGUGCUUUCGACGAAUACUGUGAGCUGUCUAGCCAGGACAAUUAUCAGAAACUUGUAAAAUACGCGACCAAGUAUAAAGUAGCCUCUCAAAUGUCGUCAAAAAUUGUCCCCUCGGUGGACACUGUGAAAGCUUCCCGGUCUUUUUUAUCCAUCCAGAAUCCGGUGGGGUUGCAGACACAGAAUAGGGGACUUGUGCAAAUCUCAUGAGAUAGCAGCAUGUUCAUUUCGUAGCAAUCGGUGUACUUUUGAUAUUCUAAAGAGAACAAAAACAGCCAUGGAAAAUUUGAGCAGAAAGCUGGCGAUGAUGAUGUGUAAAAUGAUAUUUUGAUUAACAAAUUAACAAUGUAAUUAAACGAAUCACUAGAGAAUGUGUAUUGGGGAUAGGUGGUAGAAUAUCACUUUAAGUUCAAACGAGAAACUCGAAGUAACAAUAUGAAUAUUUAAAUUUUAGUAUCAUAUGCAUCUAUAAAACAUGUUAUCAGAUCUAUUGAAAUAUCACCAUGUCGAAAUCGAUGCCAGCAAAACGUUAUCAAGUUUGACGGGUUUUUCUGUUCCAAUUCACCUUGGCUACCAGGAAAUCUUUUUAAAAAUAGCUAAUUUCAAAUGCUUCGUAUGUACCAAUCUCGUUUAGAAUUCUUGCAUAGGUUCGUUAAUCUUGAUUUUCAUUAGAAUUACUAUCAUGAAUUGGUUGGUUAUUACGCAGUUCAAAAUCCAUGUGUCUAAACUUCACGUUGAUUCCAAGAACAGCUUGGAUGUUUCUCAUGCAGGAUACAUCAUUAUUGUUAUACUUUGCUGACAAAUCAUACUUGACUGUUUCGUCUAAAUAAGGAAUGGUAAUUUCGAUAUGGAGAUUUUACAAUGCAGAUAACUCAAAAUUUUAUUUACAUUUACUUUUAGGUGAAUCCUAAAAGUACCCGUAGACAUUUUUUAUAAGUUUCUGAAGCAAUGAAUUACAGAACUACCCUCACUGCAUGAAACCGGUUGCUUUUUGUACUAUUAAAGUUUAUUUCUAAGUGUA